GCCGUGGUUUCUACCUGUGUGCUGGCAGGUGCGCUAUUCCUGACGGAAACUAAAACAAAACCGCAAGCGUUCCACUUAUGAAAAAAGUUCAGAUAUGUUUUAUUUCCAGCAACAUGAGCUAGGGUUGGGAUUUCUCGCUAGUGCUCACUCUACGAUUUCUUGAGUCCAUCGAUACGCUUCUAAUGUUACUGAGCAUAACAACCAAUCAGAGAUCACACGGGGAAAGCUUGUAGAAAGCACAUUGAAUUGUCGUGUAAUCAAGACUCCCCUGGAGCAUACGGGUCACUGCUACUCUACAGGGAGGACCGCUCCGGACAUGAACGUCGGACAGAUGACUUCCGCGCAUGGUCUGGACCAGACCACGGUGGUUCCUGUUGGUCUGGCGCCAUUUCCUGGACCGGGAAGUGUGUCCGCUCCUCUCUGUCUGACGACGAACCAAGACGAGUAUGGCAAUGUGCUGGAAAUCAAAUCUGAGCCAUUCUACACCCUCGAGGAGAGCGCUACAGAAGUGGACAUGGACUACAUAUAUGACACUUCACUCCACAGCGGAGCAGAGAGCACGGAAAUGGUAACUCCAGAAGAAGAAGAGAGGCGCAAGUUGAGGAGAGAACGCAAUAAGGUAGCAGCAUCCAAGUGUAGACAAAAACGCAAGCAGCAUGUCCGGAAUCUGGUCCAGGUCUCGGAAGCGCUUGAAGUUCAGAACAACACUCUCCAGAGUCAAAUCACCAAGCUACACGAUGAGAUCAAACAGCUGGAAUUCAUGCUUGAUUCGCACAGCUGCUCUAGGCAUGCAAGCGGUGGCCAUGGCAACAACAACGACGAGCUUUCGCUCUCAUUGUCUCAGUAAAAUGAGUAGAGACUGUAGUUAAGAGGUAUAGAAUGUCUUUAUCAAGACAAAAAAAGAAAGGACAAAUGAAGGAUUACCUAAGUAGUGAGUGAUAGGAGAAAACGAACGUCUUACUUACUUGCUGGCAGCGUGCAACGAUGACGGGAAAAUAUUCUCUUGCACUCGUCCCAGACCCCGCCGCAGCAGCUUAUGCCCGGACACAGGGAGCCGGUAAGAAUGUCAGGAACUAUGCUGUCUCAAAAGUCUGGUCGGAAUAUGUUCUGCACUGGAUCAAAAGUGAAAUCGCAUGUAUAUAUCGUUGCACAUAUUUAUUUUAUAUACCAUAUGCAUGGGUUGCUGGCUUACUCAUACAUAAUAAACGUAGCUGAUUUUUGGUUAAUGUACAUAGUUUACAUCCUUGAAAGGGUGUAAUAUAUCUUUUUUUUGAAAAUGUUUAAUCUAAAUUCAAAUAGACGUUUUAUUUCUACCGUAAUUUUUGGUCGUUAUACCAUGAGUUGCAAUGUCCCUUUAUCAGAAUCAUUUUAUCUCGCUAAAGCAACCGCGACAAAUGUACUGCUUGCAAGCUAUCACGAAAAAGAUUGACUGGUUGACAUAGAACGCGCACAAAGAGGAACAAGGAGAGUUUGCAAGCGUGCAAGUCUAUUUUAAAUAAAACUUCAUCAAACAGGCAAUUUGAAAGCCUUUAGUUAAACGCCUAAAAAUUGUAUCAGACGAGAAAAGAACGAAGCAAUACUUCAAGCUCAAUACCCAAUACCCUAACCUCCCACCAACGCAGAAUCAGCAUCUUUCGAAAUUGCCAAAAGCAGGAAAUUACGCUGAAAAAAUAAGGAAGAUAGCUGAAACUGUUCUCAGGGGCGUUUAUUGGAAGAGGGAUUUUUCGCAUCUAUUAUCAGAUCACUUCAAUACUUGAAUAUUGUCAGAUCAUUUAUAGUAUAAUAUACAAUGUACUCUAUACAAUAAAACAAAUAUUGUUUUUAA